GGAAGCUGCCGAUCCGCGCGCGCGCUCACUGAGAUCCGUGCCGAUGCUUCCUCUAAAGAUUUGGUGUGAUGGAGCAAAGGCACUCAGCGCAGCUCGGUACAAAAAGGAAACAUUGUGACCACCAGUAUGCAAACAGCACGGAUUGUACUGAAAAUUUGACACAGCACCAGAGAACUCUCACAGGAGAGAAACCCUUCAGGUGUAGUGUGUGUGGGAAGGCAUUUUUAGAUUCAUCUACUCUUAAAAAACACCAGAGAACACACACAGGAGAGAAACCCUUCCGGUGCACUGUGUGUGAGAAGGCAUUUGCAAAGUCAUCAGUUCUUCAGAGACACCAGAGAACACACACAGGAGAGAAACCCUUCAAGUGCACUCUGUGCGGGAAGGCGUUUGCACAGUCAUCACAUGUUAAAGAACACCAGAGAUCACACACAGGAGAGAAACCUUUCAAGUGCAGUUUGUGUGAGAAGGCAUUUUCAAGUUCAUUUAAUCUUAAAAUACACCAGAGAACACACACAGGAGAGAAACCCUUCAAGUGCAGUGUGUGUGGGAGGACAUUUUCAAUUUCAUUUUAUCUUAGAAUGCACCAGAGAAAACACACAGGAGAGAAACCCUUCAGGUGCACUCUGUGCGGGAAGGCGUUUUCACAGUCACCACAUCUUCAUAGACACCAGAAGACACACAGGCAUCAGAACAUCCCCAAGGAGUGUAGUCUGAAAUCGACUUGUGAAAGUCAAAGUGCUGCAAUGAGCCCAUCCCUCCUGAUAAAAGAACCAGAAGUUAAUUCCAGCUUGGACACUAUGAAAUGUAUCAAGGUGAAAUGUGAAGUGAUGGUGACGAGCGAAGAAGUGAAGGUAAAAUGUGAAGAAGUGAUGGUGAAGAGUGAUGAAGUGAAGGUGAAAUGUGAAGAAGUGAUGGUGAAGAGCGAAGAAGUGACGGUAAAAUGUGAAAAUGAAGAUUCAACUCCAAAAUCGCACCUUCACAUUGAUGGAGGCAACGUGAAGCAGGAGGAGAAUUUUGACUUUGAGACAGAGCAUGGCAACUCCGAGCAGUUUGUGGAAGUGGAGGUGUGGGUGGACUUCUUAGACAAUACAAAGUCAAAUGGAGACCCUGUAGAUGUGUAAGCUUGACAAUGAAGCUCCAAUAAAUUCACCUUUCUCACAGGCCUUUAAUUAAAAUAAUGUGAAGAUGAACACUCAAUUUCCAGGUUCAAACCUGCAAAGGAAGAGCGGCCAGUAAUUGCGGACCUGCGGGUUGGGUAGAUCUCUAUCCAGGAGCCAGAGCCAAUAAGCUCCCAAGCAUUCACAAUGUUUUCAUAAUAUUAGCAUUUUUUUGGUGCUUGCUUAAUCGCCUCAGCAUCUCGAAGUUUCAUAUCUCAUCACAAACACUUGAACAGCAUGUUGUAUAUAUGCUUUUUCCAAAAAAUUAUGCUAAGAGUGAUUCUGCCUAUUUCUUGUAAUAAUUUUGAUCGGGAUGUUGCGCUGGGGCACGGCGAGUUCCCCCCCCCCCCCCGCCUCCUCCCUUGCCACACAAGACAGCUACAGGAAAUUACUCACAAGCCUGCUGGGGAAGUCAUAAAAUGUAAUAAAAAACGGCAAACCCACGGGGGGCUAAUGAGAUUCUGCGGGUAAUCCACAGUUGACUUUAAAAGAAGGCCGCCAUAAAGGAAACAUCCCCCAAAUAAAACAAACAAGACGGAAAUAGCAGGGGUCAAGAACCACCAUUGGAGAGCAAUAUCCACCCAAGGGCAGUUAAUCAUCAUGAGCUGACUGGGGUUUUUAAAAUACAACAGUAAGGUUUGAAGCUUAGGAUAUCUUGAGAAUAAGAAGCACGGAUCCCUGGUGAUACAGAUGGGGAACAAAGGUGAAUAAAACCCUCGGAAUAUCCUUGGUAACAACUAUGGUAUACCACAAAUCUUGGUUAAGCAUGAACCAAAUCAUAGUUAUGAAAGUAUUAGGCCUAGGGUCAUUCAGAACAGAUACAAUGCGAAAUAUGUCAAUCACACGCGACCAAGAUAAUGUAUUCCACGGGAUCAGAGCCUCACCAACCGCCUUUGUCUUCCAGUAGCUAAUAGCACAUGGUAGCAGUAAAUUAUGUAUGCAGGGGGCGCCGCCCCCUAAUAUAUCAAAUACCACGCAAGAAUUCCAAACUGCGACGUGAGUGCUGUGAAGUCUGCUCAAAACAUACUUUGAGUCGCUUGGAGAGUCAAAACUGCAGAAAGUGGUAUGGUUCUAAGCUAUUAGAGGUGUACAUUUUUUUUACUUCCAACUCAUGUUGAGAGGAUGGAAAACAUGGCGACAGCAAGCACACCCGUGCACAAUAGGUCACGACUUCAAAGUCAGUGCCUUUUUUUGAGAGACCGCAAGUCUGAUGCGAAAAAUUGUAACACUUCUAACCCGUGAUGGGAGCGUGGGGAACCCUGCCCAAAAUGUGAAUGGAAACAUGGCGGUAAUACAGACAUCCGGACAACAAACAGCCCAAGCGACUUCAAAAGGAAACAGCUACCCCUUUGUGAGAAGAAAAAAACCUGAGUUGGAAAAAUUCAGAUAAGCAAGAAUGCAAGAACAUAAAUCAGUACUGCUCAAAGAAUCACCUAACUGCAACUGUGGAGAAGUCCAAACCAUCAAGCACAUCACCGAUGAAUGCUCCAUCCAUGCACAUCCUGGCGGUAUCGCUGAAAUCCACACUGCGUCAACCACAUCCUUGGACUGGAUGAGGAACCAUUGCAUUCAUUUAUGACGAUCAUUAAAAAUAAACCUUUUGCUUUUCACAAUGUCAUACGAAAAACGAAGUACUGGGAGUGGCAGGCUCCAGGGAUUGCCCUCGUGAUUAACAAAUUCAUAGGGUGCUCUGCAUCAGCAGAAGCCACGCAUCACGGAGAGGUUUCUUUCUGCAUCAUUGACAGAGGCUGCCAGCCAAGGCUGGUGCUCGCAGUAUUACAAUACAAACGUGGGGAAGAGUGCAGUAGCAUUACUAUUCCCGGUGGCGAGGUCGCUGUGUACAACCAACACGUACGAUCAUAGAGUGACAAUCGUUCUGAUUGUGCUCUGAUCAAAGUAAACCCUUAGAGGGAAAACUGGUGCAACCACUAUUCUUGAGAGUGCCCCUUUAAAUUACAACUGACAGGUGAAGUUUAGUUGAGGGUUGGAUCCGAGAAUGACACGGAACGAGAUAACUUGAUCUGUAGCGUGUCCUCUGUGCAGCACGAGUCGUACAUACAACUGGAAAGGGACUCUCUUGAAGAGGGGUGGGGGGGAAUACGAAAGGCACUGUCUCUCCAAGUCGCUCCACAGUCUACAAGGAUCAACAGUGUUUGGUGCCAAGGGGGGUGACGCACGGCAUCGAGAGGACGAGCUUCAAGCGAUGUCUGGUGAUGGGAUCAUCACGCACAUCGAUGCAGACAGCGGGACCCAUCAUCCCUGCCAGCACGGGCACCGCCGAAAUCGUGACGAUCCUGCCAACUCAGCAACGACCUCAGCGGUGAAGAGAGACUGAUUAAGCAGCCGAGAGCACUGUGUGUUCUACAUAUGCUGACCCAGCGCCCCUGCGGGGGACCUGAGGUAUUUUUGGUACAAGGAACGCAGCACCUCGGAAGUCGCUAACUCAACAGUUAGUAAGAAGACACAACAACCGCCAUUCGCCACUCAGCGGCAGUGACGUCACAACGACGCUUGUGCCAGGCUAUGUGCACCUUGAGGCCACGUGAAGUGUCGAACGCCUGCUGGCAGGAGGUCUUUCAAAGAUUUGUGAGCUCGCACAAUCCAGCCGAGUUAAACCCAGGAUGGAUCGAAUGUAGGCCAGCCUAAAUGUUUCCAACCGGCGAAGAUGCUCCAUUAGGGGAGUCUACGUUCCGCAAGCGUAGAGAAGGGAGGUAGCUUCCGCACAGCAUACCGCAACCGAUAAAAUUAUGAUGCCGCACGACUGAUUCGGAAUGAGGCCUCCGCUGUCAAACCGGAGCCGGUCAUGAGCACACUGCCCAGGUAUGGGAAACUCUCCUCUCUCUCCACAACUGCCCCAUCACCGAUUGGGGAUUUGUGUGGGUUGAGUGCCCGAUGGUACAAAAUACCCAGGCAGGUGCUUAGUUUUGGUGGGGCUGAUGGUAAGGCCCCACCUCUAAGUGGCACGCUCCAGGUUCAGCAGGAGCGCCUCCAACUCCUCCUCUGAGUGAGUGGCAAUUACCAGAUCAUCGGCAUACAUAAUGUGGUUGACCAAUAGGGAGCCAUCCCUUGGCUGCACCCAGGCAUCGAUCAGCCUCUCAUUGUAUCUGUACCAGAUGAGAAUUCUUCUGGGACAGCCAUCAAAGUCUUGACAAACUGUGGUCGAAAAAUAUGUUAAAUAAUUUGGGAGCCAGAGGACAUCCCUGUCGCACCCCAAGGUGACGGGGAAUGGCUCCGAUUCCCGGCCGCAUAGUUUUACCCGGGCCCGCUCGCCAUCAUGAAGGUCCUUAAUGAUUGUGAGAGAGUGUCAGAGCCAAGGCCUACUGAUGGUAUCAUAGGUCAAUAAAGCAGAGAUGUAGGUUUUCGUUGGAAUUCUCUACACCUAUGCUGCAGCAAACGGACAGAAAAUAUGGCAUCUGUACAGGACUGCCCUUUUCUGAAACCGCAUUGGGGCUCCGCAAGCCUCUCAGCGCGCCUGGCAAGGCGAUGUUGAAAAAUCCUUACAUUCUUGGGUUUUUCGGUAAAGUCACGUAGAUAGGUUCAACGAAAAUAACAAAAAACUACGACGUUUCGAUCGCAACACAAGCGGUUGUUUUCAGGAAAAGGGGGAUUGGCUUCCACUGUUUAUAAGGGGUUUGAAAUGGGCAGUAGCCCAAAUGUCAGCAGCUAAUGAUAAUGUUAAGUGUAGGGCAGCCCAACCUGACGGUGGUUGGUUUUCCACCAAUCAAAGGGCUGCCAGGUACAGCACACCAGUGUGUUGGAGUGCCAAGUCACAACAUUUACAAUCUGAGUACAACAUUUCGCCAGUAUUUACUAUUGAUGAAGCUAGUUGUAAUUACUGGCGAAACGUCGUACUUAGAUUGUGAAUGUUGUAGCUUGGCUCUCCAACACACCGGUGUGCUGCACUCGUGACGAAUUGGCAUUUGGUUUUACAUUACAACCCUGACUAGUUGGCUAUGUCGGGUGGUGGCGGGUUUUAACGAUACAUUUAUAUAUUUACGUGAUCUAACCCCAAAAAAACCUCUUAUGUAUGAUAUUUGUCGCGAAAGCCUACGUGUUAAACAGUAUAUAAUAUAGACUGUAGCAAUGGUUAUUAAGCUGGGUGAGUGUACUAGGCAGUCUAUAAUGUAGACUAUUACCUUGAUUUAAAGCUUUCGUGAUGGCAGGAAUCCAUACUCUUUGGUUCUUUCGGUAAAGUCACGUAGUUAGAAAUAAAAUAAAACAAAUCAUGACGUUUCGAUUGCAACACAAGCGGUCGUCAUCAGGCAAAGGAGUCAGCCUCUAAAGGAAAACUGUUUAUAAGGCUUUGGGGAUGGGCAUAGCCAAAGUGUAUCACAGCACCAGGAGCAUGGGUGGUGCAUGAGUGCCAAUGCAACAACAAUGCCAAUGCUGCAACAAUGCCAAUGAUGCAACAAUGCCAAUGCUGCAAUAAUGCCAAACGCUGGGGAUGCGGGGGGGAAAUUAACUUGGAAAAAAUUAACCCGUAAAAACAACGUUUUUCACUAUAAAUCCUUUAUAUGCGUGGCAUCGGUUUCAUUUUAUUAUUCAUUUCUGUUUUUCUUGAGUAAGCAAGCAAGUGAAGUUAAUAUAAAGGAUUUAAAAAUGAAAGAUCACCUCUUGACAUGCCCCGUAUAUUCCCGAGGGUACUAGCGUUGACCCGUUUUACCACUUUCAAGAACCUGGCGGCUUCAAUUUAACUGCUCUAUAAAUAGUCUCCAUUGUACAGCGUGGGGGCAGGGAUUUCAUGCCAUGUGGUUAGUCAACAUUUGCGUCAUCAUGAAACGGGCGUCUAGAGUCCUCUCGUCCUCUGGCUUGAGAUGGUUGCCACCUAUGGGUCAGAUGAUUGUCUGCCACCAUUAAGCAAUUGUGAAUUAAAUAUUUAUUUAUUUAUCCCUAAACAGUGUCAAAUUUUGGAAAAAAAAUUUUCACGAAAAUUAAUUGUCACGCACAACGAGUCUGUGUGCAAAAUGUCAGCUCGAUUGGAUCACGGGAAGUGGGUUAAAAAACGACCGAAAGAUUUGCACGGUCGUAAACAAGCAAGCAAGCACGCAAGCAAGCAAGUGAACUUAAUAUAAAGGAUUUAAAAAUAGACUAGGACCCGGAAGAUAUGAUGCAACAACUGUCGUGG